AUGGCGCGGGUGGAGCCCUCUCGUCGAGAGACGGCACCGCCUUACCUGGGGCCCCAGGCUCAUGAUCACAGACUCUUGGAAAAAUCCAGCGUGGUGGACCAUUUCACAGCAAAGUUGGAAGCUCAAUCGGUAGAUCACCCACUGGGAUCUCCUCUUUUCAGUUCUGCCCAAGAGCCCUUCAGCUACGCCCGGAAGGAUGUCUCGGAUUCGGGAGAAACGGCGGAGAGCAUGCAGCGGAUCCACAAGGGCCACGUGAUGCAGUUGCAGAGCGUGAACGGGGAGCUGGCGUACAAACUCUACGAGCGGAACAUGUUGCUUAGAGCGAAAGAGGCCACGCUGGAGGAGCAGAAGGGCAGGCUGGCCUGGCUGAGCGGACGGCUUUCCGCCUUGGAAUCCGAGCGGCGCCAGCUGAGGGCACAGGUGGAGGGGCUGAGCCGUGCCAAGGCCGCUCUGAAGGAGGAGUACAAGGCCCUGCUCCAGCGCCGCCGGUGCCAGGAUGGGGAGCUCCGCCGGGCGGCCGAGAAGGGUCUGAAGCUGCUCAAGGGCCUCCUGCAGGGGAAGGCGGACGCCGCUCAGCAGGAGAACGAGAGGAUCGAGAGAGCGAAGCAAGCCAGGUUGUCCAAGGAGUUGAAGAAAGCCGCCAAGACGACGGUUAGCGUGCAGGUAGAACCGGAAAAGCAGGAUACAGGCAGCCGAAAUCUUCCUGAAGAGGAGAACAGCGAAAAAUUGCGGAGCAGGCCCUUUCGAUCGGCGUCCGCUUCCUCUAUGACACUCACCAGAUACAUGGACGUUUUCAAGGGCCUGUUUGAUUUCAGGCUGAAACGAGGAAACUCCAUCAGCAACGUGUCAGUGGAUCGAUACUUCUGUGUCCCCUUGUGCGCCACCACCUGCCCCCCGUCCCAAGUGAGCGACGUCCAGGAAGCCCACGCCUCGGAGGUGAACGCCAUUAGGUUCAGUCCAAACAUGAGCCUCCUGGCCACAGGUGGAACGGACAGGCUGAUCCGACUCUGGAACGUGGUGGGAGGUCGGCUGGAGACCCUCGAGACCCUGGAAGGGGCCAACGGCAGCCUCACCAGCAUUGACUUCGACCCUUCGGGCUGUCACGUCUUGGCUGCUACCCACAACAACGCUGUGCAGCUCUGGAAGACUGGAGAGUGUCGGUUCAAGGAAAUCCUCACUGGACACACAGACAAAGUGACGGCCGCCCGCUUCAGGUCCACCCGCCACCAGGUUGUGACGGGCAGCCGAGACAGGACGGUGAAAGAGUGGGACCUGGGCAAAGGGACAUGUACCAGAACCAUCCACGUCUUCUCCUACUGCAAUGACGUCGUGUGUGGCGACACCAUCAUUAUCAGCGGACAUCACGACCAGACCAUCCGUUUCUGGGACAGCAGGGAGCCCCGGUGCACCCAGGUGAUCCCCGUGGAAGGCACGGUGACCUCCCUGAGCCUCAGCCUCGACCAGAUGCACCUUCUGAGCUGCUCUCGCGACAACGCCCUCAAGGUCGUUGACCUCCGCAUGCACAACGUCCGGCAGGUGUUCAGGGCUGACGGAUUUAAGUGCGGGUCUGACUACACCAAGGCAGUAUUCAGCCCUGACAACAGUUAUGCGUUAGUUGGAUCGGCAGACGGCACCCUCUUCCUCUGGAGCAUGGAGACAGGCAAGCUGGAGGCCACCUUGCCCGGCGUGCAUCGGUCUGCCGUAAAUGCCGUGGCUUGGAGCCCCUCGGGAACCUGCGUUGGGAGCGUGGAGCGAUGCCGGAAGGUGGUUCUUUGGAGGUAGCCCAUGGACAGACUCGGGGCCUCCUUUCGCCCGCCAGCUCUCCUCAUCUCCCUCCGGCUGGCCUGCUGGUGCCUCUCGCUGCUGCGCUCUGGACUAGAACUCGCCUCAGACUCUGAUCAAUGGGGGGGGAUGGGGCACAAGGCUGAGCUUGUCCUGUACACAAGAGGGAGAAAUUGUCUCUCGGGUGCAACCCCUAAAAGAAAGAAAGAAAGAGAAAUGGUCUACUCUGAUGCAAGAUGUUGCAGGAAUGGAGCUCAGUCUCCAAGAGAAAAAGUCCCACUCUGCAUGGGAUCUCUCGAGCAAGACAGCGUCCCCAGGCUUUUACCUUCGAGAAAUCUCUCCGGCGUCGCUGGGCAUGCGGGACGAUUGUGCAAGAGAAUCAAGAUGGAGCGACCUCUCUAUCCGUGGCUAAUAGCCUAGUAGAACCUCCAUGGACUGCAGCACUGUAUCUCUGUUAAUGCCGUGGACAGCCAAGAAGGGAAGGCUUUCACCUUCCUGCUCCGCUUGGGGGAUGUGGCUGGGGCGUCUGGCUAGGCACAGAAGACGAGGCUGGAGGGAUCUUUGAUACGAGCCCCCCCCUCGAGAUGGGGGGGGGAUCAGAUCCUAAAGGCCGUCCCAGAAGACCCUUGUCUUCCAUAGGAGCCUGCCCCCCCCCAUGGCCAACAGUUCCAGACCUAGUGGUUGCUUCUGAAGCUGCACCUCCUUAUCUGUGACACCAAGGUGAACAGACUGGCUGGAGGGCUCAGUGGUUUCAGCCUCUGGCUACAGAGCCAGCGGUUGUUGGGAGUUUGAUUCCCCCAAGGUGCUUCUCGGGAGAAGAGCCAGCCUGG